GGAAAGACGCAUGCAAAGGCGACAUGUACGAGGUACCACCAGUUUCUCCAACCACACGUGUCUCGACGCGCCGCAUCCACGUGUUUCCCUCGCCAGUUCAGCUACACGUGUCCGCAUUGUGAGAUGAAUGUAAACAUCAUCUCCAUCUCUUUCCCAACUUCCUCUGGAUCAAAUCUCUGCCUUCUCAUCUCUUUCUUUUACUUCCCAAACGAUCUCUUUCUGGAAUUAAUAAAGUUUGGCUACCCUUUACACUCAUAUCUCACUCCCAGUUUUCGAUCAAGCAAUACAUUUAACUACCAGCAUUGACUCAAUCUCAACUCCAGAAUACCCAACAAUUUGCAAGUGAAUUGGCAAAAAAGCAGAACAAAAGCCUAAGAUGUCAGGAGUGUCCCUAGCUGUGUCUUCAGACAUGAACAAACCAAAGUCACCAGAACAAAAGCAGGCAGUUGGUAUAAUGGGAUCCCUCCGGGUGAUCGAGCUGCAGUUAGUCGCUUUCAUCAUGGUGUUCUCGGCUAGCGGGCUCGUCCCGCUGCUCGAUCUCGUCUUCCCCGCUCUUACGACUGCUUAUCUGCUCCUGUUAUCCCGGCUAGCCUUCCCCUCCCAUGGAAGAACUGCCUAUGGAUCACAGGAGAUAUUUCAAGGGAGUCGGUUGUUCCGCAUUUAUGUGGUGGUUGGCACCACAUUGGGGCUGUUUCUGCCGUUGGCUUAUGUUCUGGGUGGGUUCGCGAGGGGCGAUGAGCAUGCGGUCCGAUCCGCCACGCCUCAUCUCUUCCUCCUAUCCUUCCAAAUACUAACUGAAAAUAUCAUAAGCGGUUUGUCCCUCUUCUCACCGCCAGUUCGAGCUCUAGUCCCUUUGCUUUAUACGGUUCGCAGGAUAUUUGUCAUUGUAGAUUGGAUGCAUGAUGUGUGGAUUAACAAGUCAUUACCUGCAAAUGCACAGUUCAAGGUAAAGAAAUCAUGGUUCUUUUUUGGAACGGGCCGAGUGUUAGCCCGUUCUUAGGGUGGGAAACACUAGAAACCGACCUGCUCUUAUUGGCCAAUGUUUGUAGCUACAUUAUCAGUUAAUGGGGUUUUCUAUGAUAUUUUCUAGAAUAAGCAUAUUGAUAUAUUUUGAUAAAUAUGAGUUUAUAGUUGCUAGAAGUGAUAUUAUGUGGAAAAUCGAUCCCUCCGGUCGCUUGGGGGGCCUCAAUGAUGGAGUGUCAUCGCUGCAUCCUUUGAUCCCCUUUAGCUCACUUCGAUGUCACGUAAAGUCUACGGGUGGCAAACUCCCGGGAUUAAACAAGUUGGGAAGUCUAACAUAGAUUAAGCUGUAAAACUCUAGCAUAAUAUCUAUGCAUGUUUCAGGAAGUGGCGUGGUUCUGGUUCGGGAGGGUGCUUGCAGCGGCUAACAUGGCCUAUUUCUGCAUAAAUCUCUUUGGCUUUUUGAUUCCUCGGUUUCUCCCGAGGGCAUUCGAAAGGUACUUCAAGGAGAGGGACGAAAUUCUUGCCAAGACUUCCGAAGACAAGCGUUCGGCUGCAAUGUCCAAGGCGUCUCAACACGCUGAGAAGGCUGAUUAGUGGUGUAAUUGGGCUAUGCAUAUAAUGCCAUUCCUGUUCCAAACAUCCUGCUUCCUGUUCCAAACAUCCUGCUUGCUUAUAGUUAUUCUGUUUUUAUAUACACAAGUAUAGACUGUUCGAUAUUUAAUGCUUUUAACCUGGUAGUUUGCCUAGUUUAAUAACGGUAUUUGGAAAGAGUGAGCUAGUGAGUGUUGUUAUAUACUACUUGUACCUCAUCACUUACAUUGUCCCACAAAAAACAUGUACAAUUACUUGAUAUUGUGUAUCUUUAUUGGGAGCUUAUAAUAUCCUUCUAAUUAACA